UCUUCGUUUCUGUUUCCGCGUGAAGUUCGAAGGUUGUUUCAAGAACUGGAGGAGAAUGUAGAAACAGAAAACACACGCAAAAUAAACCAAUUGUUGUUGUUUAACGUUGUAUUCUCGUAAAUUCCGCGAUCUUUUUAUCAGUUUCUCCAGUAGAAACAGAGUGUUGUGGUCAAUUCUUGAAGAGACUAGUGUUUGAGGUGCUUUAGUGAUUGAGAGCGCAAAAUUCGUUUGUUUAUCGAGGUUAAGAAGGAAGAUCAUCUUAGGAGUGAAUAGGUCAAUAUUGGAAAAAUGACAAUCUCGCAUCAAAAAAGUUGAGUACAUGAUGGAUAAAAGAAAACAAAGAACAACUCCAUCAGCAGCCCCAACAGAAGAAUGGUUAAAACUGACCAUAGGAGAUUUCGGAAAAUGGCAAUGUUGGAUAUCCUUUCUCCUCUCCCUUUUCAAAUUCCCCAUAGCAUGGAUACAGAUGAGCAUCGUGUUUCUCGCUCCUCCAACGCAAUUCUGGUGCUCACCACCCUUGAAAUACCGCAACAUGACAGAUGAAGAAUGGCUAGAAUUGUCCAAACCAAGGGAAUUCACAUCGGAACAGGAUCAUCUACAUAAUGGAUUCUGUGACAUGAAGUCUGUGGAUGGCAAUAAUGAGAUCAUACCUUGUCCCCAUGGUUUUGACUACAACACUACAGUGUUCCAAACGAGUAUAAUAACUGAAUGGGAUCUUGUUUGUGGGAAAGAGAGAUUGGUAGACAUCUCGCAGGUCAUACUCAUGACAGGCAUUUUGAUAGGAAACAUAUUAUUUGGCUUGUGCGCCGACAGAUAUGGAAGAAAAAGCAUCCUUAUGAUCUGCGUGAUCGUCCAAGCAGUUUUUGGAUUUGUCGCAACUUUAUCACCGUGGUUUUGGGGUUUCGUAGCAGCCAGGUUUCUGGUGGCUGUGGCAAAUGGUGGAACUUUGGUGGUGUCUUUCGUGAUGUGCAUCGAAAUCGUUGGUGGAAAAUGGAGAGCCAUCGUACCAAUAUUGAUACAAGCCCCGUUUGGGAUAGGGUUUUCCAUGAUGGCUCUCUUCGCUUAUUAUACCAGGGACUGGAGGCAGUUCCAUUACAUUAUAACAGUAAUUUCAGCCCUUUUCUUGUGGUACAUUUGGCUGAUACCAGAGUCUCCAAGAUGGCUUUUCGUCAAAGGCAGACAACAAGAAGGCAAGAAGAUCUUAGAAAAAGCUGCGAAAUUCAAUGGAAUUCAUCAGGAUAUCUUCGAGGAAAAGUUUUCGAAACUAUCAAAAUUCCCAACCGAUUCGAGGAAACCAAGUUUCUCCGACUUGUUCAAAACCACGACAAUAGCUAAAAGGAUUUCUUUGUUGUGCAUCGUCUGGUUCUUCAGUGGAAUCAGUUUUUUCACAAUUACUCAAUACGUGGGUCAUGUUGGACAAAACAUCUUCUUUUCUACAGCUGUUGGUGGGUUGCUUUGCAUACCCGGGCAGAUUAUUUGCCUCUAUAUGAUAAGUAGAUUCGGAAGAAAGAAUACAGUUGCAUUUUGGACAGCUAUCAGCGCUGUGUGUUUCCUGGGCAUCAUGGCUUUUCCCAAGGGGAUGUAUCCUUACGACUGGCAAAGGAUGUCUUUAGCUGGCAUAGCAAUAAUAGGAUUAUCUGUUGACUUAUGCGCUCUCUAUUUAUUCACCGGUGAACUUCUGCCAACGGUGGUCAGAAACACUGGAAUGGGACUUUGCUCAGUUUGUUCAAGAGUUGGUUCCAUGCUGGCACCACUAGUGAUAGCACUUCAUGAUACAGCCCCCUUCUUACCCUUGCUUCUUCUUAGCGUUUUCAACAUUUUAUUGACGUGUUUGGUGCUUCUUCUGCCAGAGACUGAGGGUAAGGUUCUGCCAGAAGUUAUCGAUGAUUUGGAGGAGAAUGGUGGUGAAGGAAAGGGGAAGAACAAUAAUUACAUCGAGGUAUCAACGCGAGAAGACUUGGGGGUUUAGGAAGAGAUAGUGAAUUACCAUUUUUCGAUGUUAUAA